UUCUGCGCUUUCCCACAGUUUAAAAGCCUUCCCAUCCUCCCCCUUGAUCACAAACACAUCGAUUUCUCCGACGAACGAACAUCACAUUAUUUUGAGUUUUUUAUUCUCACAAAAUGGCAGUGAAGAAGAGUGUGGGAUCACUGAAAGAAGCAGAUCUGAAAGGGAAGAGAGUAUUCGUGAGAGUUGAUCUGAACGUUCCAUUGGAUGACAACUUCAAUAUUACUGAUGACACCAGAAUCCGAGCUGCUGUUCCUACCAUUAAGUAUUUGAUGCAACAUGGAUCUCAUGUUAUUCUUGCCUCUCAUCUUGGUCGUCCAAAAGGUGUCACUCCAAAAUACAGCUUGAAGCCACUUGUACCAAGACUGUCAGAGCUAUUGGGACUUGAGGUCAAGAUGGCAGAUGAUUGCAUUGGUCCAGAAGUUGAGAAGUUGGUUGCCGAAAUACCAGAAGGAGGAGUUUUGCUGCUGGAAAAUGUGAGAUUCUAUAAAGAAGAGGAGAAGAAUGAACCCGAGUUUGCAAAGAAGCUGGCGUCUCUUGCAGAUUUGUAUGUCAAUGAUGCCUUUGGGACUGCACACAGAGCACAUGCUUCCACAGAAGGGGUUGCUAAGUACUUGAAACCGGCAGUUGCUGGAUUCCUUAUGCAAAAGGAACUUGACUAUCUUGUCGGAGCUGUAUCAAAUCCACAGAAGCCAUUUGCUGCCAUUGUUGGUGGUUCAAAGGUUUCAAGUAAGAUUGGCGUGAUAGAGUCACUUUUGGAGAAGGUUAACGUGUUAUUGCUUGGUGGAGGUAUGAUCUUUACUUUCUACAAGGCCCAAGGAUAUUCUGUUGGAUCCUCACUUGUGGAGGAGGACAAGCUUGAUCUAGCAACAUCACUUAUUGAAAAGGCAAAGGCAAAAGGUGUAUCUUUAUUGCUUCCUGCUGAUGUAGUGAUAGCAGACAAGUUUGCUGCUGAUGCCAACAGUAAGAUUGUUCCAGCAUCUGAAAUUCCUGAUGGCUGGAUGGGGUUAGAUAUUGGACCUGAUGCUAUCAAGUCUUUUGCCGAAGCUUUGGAUACCACCAAAACUAUCAUCUGGAAUGGACCUAUGGGAGUGUUUGAGUUUGAAAAAUUUGCUGCUGGAACAGAGGCUAUUGCGAAAAAACUGGCAGAGCUUAGUGGAAAAGGAGUAACAACAAUCAUAGGGGGUGGUGAUUCUGUUGCCGCCGUUGAAAAGGUGGGGCUAGCAGACAAGAUGAGUCACAUUUCAACUGGAGGGGGUGCCAGCUUGGAGCUUCUGGAGGGGAAGCAGCUUCCUGGGGUGCUUGCCCUUGAUGAUGCUUAAGCAAUAUUUAUGCUCUUCCCUCUUCCGCUUUUUGCAACUGUUCUGUUUGAAUUUUGUUAGUAGCGGAUUAAGAUGAGUGUUAAAUAGAGGGUGUAGAGACGUGGAUCAAACUGUAAUAAGCGUAUGCUGGGCUCUCAUUUUGUGGCAGUACAGGGCGAAGUGUACUCUGCUUUUUGAGAAUAAUACAGAUCUUUCCAGUGGUUGAUGCCUGUAGCUUAGUUACUGACGAAUUACUGGUUUGUUAGUCGUAUACUAUAAUGGUCUAUGAGAGUAUUUCCGCACCGUACUUUAGUUUUA